AUGACAACAGUGCUGUGGCCUGCGAUAGCGCAAGAGGACCUGAUUCAGGAAGAAGAGGUCACAAUCGCGCGCGAGCUCGAAUGGCUGCUCGGGUCCGUGCAAGAGACGUUGAAGGCUUUGAAGGAAGGCCUGGAAGAGUGCGCUGAGCUGCUUGCGCCGAAAGAGCCAGGCUCGACCCUCGUACUGUCUUCGCUCAGGUCGGAGCAUCUGAAGGGCUUCAUCACUCGGGUGGGUACGCGCAUCGUCAAGGGCGAUGUCCAGCUCCGAUUGCCAUCUCUCCCACCGCCCAAAGGCCAGACAAGCUACAAGUUGACCAUCUCUUCUCUGCCGACUGCGCCGACUAUUGUGCUCGACCAACUGACUACAGCGCGAACACUGAUCAACGCAUGCCUGGAUGUGGUGGACGCAACACAGUGGACAGGUGACAGCCGCAAUGCCGACUUCAUAUCAGGGCAGCUACGGCUGCUGCAUGGGAACAUCGAGGAGGCCAAAAACUCCCUCAAAGGGUGGACAGAGAAUCAGAAGCCAUGGAACGAAACACCAGUCGACACCGAUGCAUUCAGUCCGCCUCUGCCAGCGCACGUGUCCUUUCACCUCUCCAUCUCCGAAGCCGCCGUCCUCCUCAAUGUCCGAACCCUCGAGGCCGUAGAUCCACAUAACGGCAUGACUACUCCUUUGGGUUCUGCAGGUUCAACUUUCAGUGGAUUUGGGUUACGCGAAAGACUGGCGACAGCAUUGGGUGGCCCUAGGCAGGCUGCGCACGAUGAAGCGAACGCAUCCUUCAUGUACAAAGGCCAGGAAGUUCGAGUGCGAGACAAAGUCAGAGUUGAGUCGCAAGACCCAAGUCUGAUGGCAGCCAUGGCUAAACUGGGGGCUUUGGAGCGGACUGCAGCACUGUCGAGGCGAGCGUUGGACGUGGUCAUGGGGAGAGAACCGGAAGACUCCUAA